AUGGGGAGUCCCCAGGCCAAAGGCCUUCUUCUUUACUUAGGGGGUGUUGGGAGGCCAGGAUGCCCCCAGCCGUCCCCUUCUUCCCCUGGACUCCAGGGCCAUACCUCGGAGUUGGCCAGGUGGCCAGAAAGAUGGAUCGCCUUCCGUGGAGCCUUCCCUGGAGGAAUUCCUAUGGAGUUUCCCUGGAAUUUUGUCAUGAGGACACUGCAGGGCAGGACACCUUGUGGCAAGAUGCCAGAAGAGUGGCAUCCAGAGUCUGAGUUAUACUGGCAAUGCUUCAAUGCUGAAGCAGAGUGGGAAGGGUCUAAGUAUUGUCUUAGUCCCAAAGGGAAUCGGAGUCUCCUGGGGUGCUCCGAGCUGUCGUUAGGCUCUGUAUCAAAGUCCCAGAGGUGUGCUUCUGCAGGCAACUGGAUGACCUUGCUAAGCAAUACAUCAGUGACAGACUUGCUUCUUUUUCAUUUCCUAGGCACCAACAGUAAAGGGCUUGGUGUGUGUGGCUGGAUUCUGUUUUCCCUUUCUCUGCUGUUGAUGAUCAUUACCUUCCCCAUCUCAAUAUGGAUGUGCCUGAAGAUCAUUAAAGAGUAUGAACGUGCUGUUGUAUUCAGACUGGGGCGUAUUCAAGCUGACAAAGCCAAAGGCCCAGGUUUAAUUGUGGUCCUGCCCUGCAUAGAUGUGUUUGUCAAGGUUGAUCUUCGAACUAUUACUUGCAAUAUUCCUCCACAAGAGAUCCUCACCAGAGACUCUGUGACAACACAGGUGGAUGGAGUUGUUUAUUACAGAAUUUACAGCGCCAUCUCAGCUGUAGCUAAUGUCAAUGAUGUUCACCAAGCCACAUAUCUGCUGGCUCAAACCACUCUGAGAAAUGUCCUAGGGACACAGACUUUGUCCCAGAUCUUAUCUGGCCGAGAAGAGAUUGCUCAUAGCAUCCAGACCUUACUUGAUGAUGCCACAGAACUGUGGGGUAUCCGUGUGGCACGUGUGGAAAUCAAGGAUGUACGGAUUCCAGUGCAGCUGCAGCGGUCAAUGGCGGCUGAGGCGGAAGCCACUCGUGAAGCCCGGGCCAGGGUCCUUGCAGCAGAAGGGGAAAUGAACGCCUCCAAGUCUCUCAAAUCAGCCUCCAUGGUCUUGGCUGAGUCCCCCAUAGCCUUGCAGCUACGCUAUCUACAAACCUUGACCACUGUGGCCACUGAGAAGAAUUCCACUAUCGUUUUUCCUCUACCCAUGAACAUACUGGAGGGCAUUGGUGGUGUCAGCUAUGAUAAUCACAAGAAGCUACCUAGUCGAGCCUGA